AAUAAUCCAACCGGAAACCGUCUACUUGUUCCGGUCGGGGUCAACAUGGCGGCCGACGCAGACGAGGGGGAUUAUUUUGUGAGAGAAAUUGAGAAAAACGACGGGUUGACCUUAAAGGUGAAGCAGUGCUACUUGGGAGACGUCGGCUGCGUCGUUUGGGACGCGGCCAUCGUUCUGGCUAAAUAUUUGGAGACAAAACAAUUUUACGACCCGUCCUCCGGAGUGAACGUCUGGGCUGGGAGGAGGGUCGUGGAGUUAGGAGCCGGGACGGGAGUAGUUGGUCUGAUGGCAGCAACACUGGGAGCUGUUGUUACUGUGACGGACCUGGAGGACCUGCAGACCUUGCUAAGUGUAAACAUCCGGGAAAACCAGGCACUCAUCAGUAGUGGAUCAGUAACUGCAAAGGUACUUAAAUGGGGUGAAGAUGUGUCUGACUUCCAGUCACCCCCACAUUAUGUCCUUAUGGCAGAUUGCAUCUAUUAUGAGCAGUCUAUUGUUCCACUAGUGGAGAGCUUGUUGCUGCUCUCUGGACCAGACACCUGCAUUAUUUGCUGCUACGAGCAGCGCACAGAGGGGGUCAACCCCAAAGUGGAAAGGCAGUUUUUUGAGUUGCUGCGACAAAACUUCACCUGUGAGGAGAUCCCUUCAGAAAAGCAAGACCCAGAGUUUAGUAGUCCAGACAUCCACAUCCUGCACAUCCGGAGGAAAGUCUGAUGUGCAAUGUAGCUUAAGUCCUGCACCUUUUGUAAAGUUGUGUUCAUAAAAAGGCCCUUUAAAUAUGACUGUGUUGGUACAGUGAUCAGAAUACAACAAAACCACUGUAAAACGUUUUUUUCAUACACUAUUAAACCAAGUUUAUACAACAUCA